UUCUUACCAAGGCACAUCAGUCAUCCAUACCUCUGAAGCUGAUAAGAUGAUGAGAAAAUGAAUAUGUCAAGAACACGAUCAUGUUGAUGAACGAAAGAGCAGGCAGUCCGAGAUGAAUCGUGUAUACCAAAUUAACAAUAUUACACUACACCAGUUUCCAAUUAAUCUAGGUAAUAACCAUGCCCAGCAGUAGGGCGUAAUUGCUGACGAAAAUUAGAAGAAAAUUAUCUUCAUGCUUGGUCUUGUGUACGCCUGUUAAUAAGUAUCAACUGAUACCUACAUAGCAGAAGACUCAAAUCACCUGUCUAUAACAUACGGAUACACUAUAUUAUCCAAGUCAUUUUUGGAUUAACAAUUUAAGAGACAAAACAAGUCACCAGAGAAUACACCAACGUUACGAUGGACAAACACUGUAAACGCAAUCCAGCACAACUUAACAGUAAUCUGGAUGACGUAAUCGAGCGAAGACACAACUUAGCAUCUCCUUGUCCAGUAUAUUUUGAUUACGUGGGAAAUUCGCAGGGGAAACUAACAGAAAUUGACGAAGAGUUUUAUGAUUUUCUUCAGAUCCCUUCAGAUAUUGAAAUUAAUAUUGAAGAUUUGGAAACGGCCAGGGAUAAUUUACUUGAGCUGGAAGAAAAUGAUUUGUUUCCAGACAAACGUUUGCCUAGUAGUCCAGAUCACCAGCUUUUAACUACAGAGAGUGACGAGUCAGAAAACAUUGACAUUUCCACGUGUGAUCUACAGGGUACGGCUUACGAUGACUCGUUGUCUCAUAAAGAAGAUGCGAUAUCGGUUGCGUUAGAUAUAAAUACGUCUUUGAACACGCCAUCUAAAUGCAAAGCCUGCCUUGUGGAUUAUUUUGCGGACCAGGAGUCAUCGGAUAAAAGAAGCUUAACAAAGGCGGAUAAUGUGUCAUGUAACUCAAAUGUUUCAAAAUCAGAUACAUUAUGUAAGCUGUUACCAAUUAAAAGGACAAUUAACCCACUUUCUAUUUCAGAUAUUAGUUAUCUAACUGUAUUUUCAGAUAAACUGGACAUGGCGAUUGAAAAAAAUGAAACUCAAAUUAACACCAUCAAAUCAGCUAUUGAUUUUACUGACAAAACAGAUACAGCUGAGUGUUCAACUCCGACAAAUGCUACAUCUGUCACAAGCGUGUCUUCGUGUAAAAUGUUGAAAACACCAAUACCAUUAACAUACAUGUGCAACGGGAAGGACAGUAUUAAAGUAUUUAGUAAUUCAGACACGGCAGUUAGUAACACAUACACGGAUGGCAAAUUGCUAAGAGCUCCUAAAUCAGAAUUGGUAGGCAACAAAAACGGUGGUGCUCUGCAUGAUAGCUCACAGGGUCAAAUUUCAGAAGAAAUCUCUGAGCGAAUAUGUUGUUUGUCUAUUACUGGAAACGAUGAUGUCUCUACAUCACAGCAAAACUAUGGCCACGGUGAAGGUGAUUUCGUUGUUGUGGAUGAUGACAAUUCAUUUUACGAAGACGGAUUAUUUGAUGACAUUGUCGAGCUCACAGAACGUGAAGAAACUGACGUCGAUCAGUUGAUAGAAUUGUUUAACUCUUUUGGGAAGCAGCAAGAAAAUGAAGGAAACGAGUGUCCAAAUAAGGUUUCUGGUGCUGCAUUUGAAACUCUAAUUGUAUCAGGAGGCUCAUUUGUAGAAGACACAUCAAAUAUGUAUGAGCAACAUGUAGUAAAAGAAAUUGGCGAGUCGCUGAAUCAGGUAUCUGGUACAAAUGCUGAUUCAGUUAAUUUGCCAUCUCUGGAAUAUUUUGCCAUGCCAAGUGAUGUUUUUCAUGACAGUAUAGAAACUGAUUUGCUAAAUGCGUUUGAAAAGCAAGUAUCAGAGACUAGAGAGUCACAAAAUAUGUAUGAGCAACAUGUAGUAAAAGAAAUUUGGGAGUCGCUGAAUAAUGUAUCUGGUACAAAUGCUGAUUCAGUUAAUUUGCAAUCCCUGGAAUAUUUUGCCAUGCCAAGUGAUGUUUUUCAUGACAGUAUAGAAAAUGAUUUGGUAAAUGCUUUUGAAAAGCAAAUAUCAGAGACUAGAGAGUCACAAAAUCAUCUUUCUGAUGCCGUAGAAGACCGUUUUAACCAUUCAACAGCUGGAUAUAUCACCAUACCAAGUUGUUCCUUUGAACAAGAUACGUUCCAUGUGCAUGGUGUCAUGCACUCUAACUUGACCAAGUUCAAAUGCUUUCCACGCGAACAAGAAAAAGGAACACUUGAAAUUGAAAAGUCACAAAAACAUGUAACAGACACGUCUAAUUCUCCAACAUUAGAAAGCAUUCACAUACUAGGCGAUACCUCUGUGUACGAUAGUAUACCCACGCAGUUAAAUGAGUUGUUGGCCUCUUUUGAACAACGGGAAGAAAAGGAGUUAUCUCAAACUGAUAAAUCAUUUACACAGAGGCAACAGAAAGAAACAUUGGUGUCAGUAUCUCCACUGUCACAAAUUAUUGGUGUACGUCCAAAGCGUGUUUCUGUUGACGAAUCAGACACGUUCAACUCUUCAACAACUGAACCUGUAGUCAAACCAAAGCAUGUUUCUAUUGAUGAAUCAAAGAAGUUUAACUCUUCAACAGUUGAAUCUGUCACCAAACCAAAGCAUGUUUCUAUUGAUGAAUCAAAGAAGUUUAACUCUUCAACAGUUGAACCUGUACCCAAACCAAAGCAUGUUUCUAUUGAUGAAUCAAAGAAGUUUAACUCUUCAACAGUUGAAUCUGUCACCAAACCAAAGCAUGUUUCUAUUGAUGAAUCAGACAAGUUUAACUCUUCAACAUUUGAACCUGUACCCAAACCAAAGCAUGUUUCUAUUGAUGAAUCAAAGAAGUUUAACUCUUCAACAUUUGAACCUGUACCCAAACCAAAGCAUGUUUCUAUUAAUGAACCAGACACGUUUAACUCUUCAACAUUUGAACCUGUACCCAAACCAAAGCAUGUUUCUAUUAAUGAACCAGACACGUUUAACUCUUCAACAUUUGAACCUGUACCCAAACCAAAGCAUGUUUCUAUUGAUGAAUCAAACAAGUUCAACUCUUCAAAAUUUGAAUCUGUCGCCAAAUCAGCUGAUUUAUUAAAUGACAGUAUACCAAUUCAGAUAAAUGAACAAGGGAGAGAAAAUGAACCAUCUGGAAUUACGGAGUUGAUAAUGGGUGUUUCUGGUGCUGCAGCAGAUAUAUUUAACACUUCAGCUAUUGAAUCUCCCUCCAUAUUGGAUGAUUCACAUGGAGAAAAUACGUUGUCGACUGUUCAUGAUAGUAUACUAUGGCAGAUGAAGGAACUGUUGGAUUCGUUGGAUCAAGACGAGAUGGCAGCAUCCAGCGAGUCACCAGAGCAGAUUUGUUCCUCUGUAGCAAACACCUUUAACUCUCCAUCACCGGCAUCUCUCUCCUCACCCUGUUAUUCCUUUCAACUGGAUACGUCAAUUAUGCAUGAUAGUAUAUACAUACGCAGUCAGAUGGAUGCAUUGUUAAAGUCGUUUGAACAAGAUGACUCAUCAGUGGUGCAUAAUGAUGUACCCAAAGAAGGACAAGAAGACAUUUGUAUUGCUGAACAAAUGCCAAACAGUUUAUUUGAAAACAAUAUUUUAUCAGGGACGUGUGAUAAACCAAACGAUAGAUGUCACAAACAAAAGAGCUCAGAAUCCGAUUAUAUACAAAUUGAAUCUAUACAAAAUGAUUUACACAUGGAUAGCAUUUCACCAGAUUUGCAGCAAACAUUAAAACAGAGAUCUUUCCGGGCCAGCUCUGGUCAACUUUGUGAUAGCGAAGAGCCAGAGUGGAGCUUAAAAAUAGAUAGUGAUAUCCAAAAAUAUGCAUCAAUGUUACAACAAAAUGAACCUCCCUCGCAGUUUUAUCUGGAAUCAUUUCUCAAGAACAGUAUUCAAAGAUGUAAAAGUAAGAAUGCAGAAAAUGGCAACUGUUUAAGUCUUAAUGCUAUCGGAGAGUAUCAGAAUAUUACUAAUACUAGCAGUAGUGCUUUAGCAGUAGAACAACCAUGUCCAAAGACUGAUAGCAUGUCACUUCAGGACUUUUUUGAUAUGACUAAAAAGAUGGCAGUAAAUGAAAGUUCAUCAGAUCUCUUUGGUGGAAUUUAUGAAAGAGAACUGAGCAAUACGUCUAUAGGGGAGUUUCAUCAGCUAGAUAAAAGCAUAGCAGACAUAUCCGAUUUUGAAAUAUUUGAAACUACUCCUCAAUACCAGCAACUACCAUUUUACAGUUUUGAAGAAAAAGGUACCAGAAGGAAUUUGAAUGUGUCCUCUCGACAAACACGGCAGCAGACUACACGCCGCACAGAGCAGGAUGCUUCAAAACACAACACGCAAGUGUAAAGACAUGAAGAUACAGCCAAUUCAACUUGAGAAAACCACCUGAUGUCGCAUAUACGAAACUGGCAACAGUUGAUGUGGAUGUGGAUGUUAUGAUCCUUUGUGUGAUUAAAAACAUAAUGAGUA